AUGGGGACUCUCCAAGCCCAAGCUGCUUCACUAGAUUCUGAUCCCACAUCCCGGCUCAAGCGACAGUUAUCUGAAUGUUCGAAAGUCAGGAGACCUCUGGAUGCAACGCCGCUUGGACUCACAGAAACCUAUGAAGAAGCUAAGCUGAAUCUCCAGAGCUUAGCAUCUGGUCACUCGUCAAAUAAUUUUCAUCCCAGAGCGUUCACCUCCAAGCGGGCCACAGCUUCUUUACCUUAUGUUACUCAUCUGGUACCAAGAAGCAUCUUGACUGAAAGCCUACCGCAGAAACCAGCUGAGAAUUAUCUGUUCAAAGCUCUCCCAAGGCCACCAACUGAGGGACAACUUGCCCAAUCAGAAUGGACGACUGACCUAGGCCGGUCGUCAUCUGCUCCCACUAGGGUUCGUUUCGCCGAUCCUAUGGUCCAGUACAAUCCCACACCUGCAGCGCGUGAAUCUUGCGAGUUCUCCCAAUUCGAGCUCUCCAAGAAUCCUCACACAGGUCGCAAAACUGACCUGAUGGCAUUCCCCAAAAGCUGCAUUAAAUCUACGGGCCAAUACCAUCAAGUGCAAGGAAAACAUUCUCUUUGCGCAAAACGCACCGAUAGUUCACCGCCGGCGAGGCUUUGUGAUUCUCCACUAGAAGAAGAAUUUCGCGCCAGCAUCAGUUUUAUGUCUGAAUUGAUAUUCCCAGAAGAUCCUGACCAAGGCGCCGGCAGCGAACCUUCGGUAGCAGCUGGGGCCGGCGGCGCCAAAGGCUUGAGUUCAAAAGCCAUUCCACUCUCGAUCAGUAGCAACGUUGAGAAAGAUGUUCGCUCACGAUCUACUGAUCAUGAGCUUGAGCUCAGGAAACUCAAGCAAUUCAAAGAAAGUAUCAGAAACAUGCCGAGUGGCCCAGCUCGUAGCGCACUGCCCAUACCCGCGGGAGUUUUUCAAUCAUCAUCAGCACCUUCCACACCGUCAAACCAAGGGUCGUAUCAACGAAAGCAAGAUAAACCCCUACAUGUACCGCGACAACUGGAGAAAGAGUCUAGCCAAUACGCAAACGACUAUCGUGAUAAGAAUACUCCCAAGUUCUCUAUGUCACCUAAGAUUAAAAGAAUUGAGGUCUCGAAUCUCCAAGGCACGGCCACCCAACUCCAACAAGGAAGGAAAAUAUUGCCGACGUCUGGGAAGGUAACAAUAACAGGACGUAGUUGCCCUCUCGAGGGAUCCAAGGGUUUCGCCCCGACUUAUCCAAGCCAACCUCCCGGACAUAGGAAGCUGGAUGCCAUCCCCGACUUGCCGAGUCCAAUCGUUGAUGAUCUUACUCAGUGUCGCCGGACGAUAGUGACGCCUCAAGUCCAGACGGAAGAAACAAGAAACUUGGGCAAGAGAUCCUUCCGAGAAAGGACAGACAGGAGCCCGACCGUUUCGCCUCAACAAGUCUCGCCGUUGACGCUACCGCCGAGGGGCUCAAGAAAGCAGUCCACUAUCUGCCCUGAUUCCCCAUCCUGGAAAGAAUCUCGCUCACCCUGCAAGCGUUUAAAGGAUCUUCAAUCGGUUGGACGCACGGGACCGAGAGAUAUUAACACCAUCGUUACCGGUGACUCGGAAGGUCCUCGGUCCGACUUGGAACCGGGAGAGAUUAGCCCUCGUCUUGACUCUGAGUAUAUGUUGAACACUGAGAUGUCUUUGGAAGAUAUAAAUGCAGAUGCUCGAUUUUCAAACCCACCCUCGGUCUCUUCAGAAGCUCCAAGCACCUCCAGUCGAACAGACUUUUCACCGGUCCCUUCCCCACCAGCUCCGAUUACGACAACACUGGAAUCUUGGAGGCAUGACCUUACCCCUGCCAAUCUUGCAGAAGCUUGCCAUCAGUAUGGUCAAUCAGAAACGACAAAGCCAUGUAUUAUAGACGCUCAGGAUGGGACCAGUCAAUGUCAAACUCCAUUUCAAUGCGUAGUGGUCUCCGAAACAGAAGAAUUAAUUCCAAGAGCUCUAGAGCCUUCUAUCUAUGAUGAAGCCAAGAGCCCCCGCGACCUUGAAUCUAAGGAGUCCUUUGACCGGCCAUCUUGUCGAAAAGAACCUGAACCGGUUCCUCGCGAAUUAUUAGGCAUGUUUGGCGAAGAUAUGAUAGAAGAUCAGAUUGUGGAGAAGGCUCAAGAGACAACGAUGAAGCAAACGGAAGAUACCAUCGAAACCGGAUCCGAUAGGUCGGAAGCCGCCGUCACGACGAGUACGAGACCUCAGUGUUUUUGCACAUGCUCCAAAAGAUGGGAGAAUUGGAAUUUAUAUCUAAGAGAUAAGGAGGAUGAGCCAAUGAAGUGUUCUUCGCAAAGCUCUAGCGCUGGACGGUCCUCAAUUUCAAGCCACACUGAUGAUUCAUUCCUGUGGCACUCAGCUCCUCAGAUUGCUAUCAUCAAACCGGAGGAGUGCCUUUUCUCCGAGCUGAAAUCCCCUCCGAUCUAUCUCGAAGGACUCCGGUUCUCGACAAGUAGGACCAGCGUGGACUGUGAACCCGGUGCCGAUAACCAGUUUAUCGUCGAAACAACAAAUGUUGAAAAUGAAGAAAUAAUCAGGUUGGAUGCCGAUGGCCUUCCAGAACCAAUCCAGACUACACGCUGCGUCAAUUCGCCCCCUGAAGAUCGAAAACAAAUGUCCCAUCCAUCCAUCCAGGCACUUCAGAACGAUCGGCUUCAGAAUCAAACAACUGAUUCCAAUUUUACUGCAAUAAUUAUGAAACCACCGCCGAUGAAAAAACGUUCCUUAAGUUGCAAAGGAUCAGAGACCAAUGAUCGACCAGAAACACCGCGUAGAUACAGGCGCAGGCGCGACCAUUGUACGAGCAAAACGAACGGAAAGGAAUGUGAAGACCGAGCUCCUGUGUCCACCCUAGAGGUCUCUAGUUCAUCGACGCUAAAGGAAUCCAUCAACAAUUCCACAUGUCAAUCAAUCCCAUUUGACCUUGGCAGUGGAAAAUCCACCAUUAUAACGAAAUUCGAGUUCUCGAUCCUGAGCUUUCCUCAAACGAUUUUGCAUCGCAUACUUGUUGAAUUAGAUUACCUGGACUUUUUCAGACUCAGUCAAGUCUCGCAUGUCCUGAGAACGGGCUUUAGUGUUGGAGAAGUACAGGAAGUGAUUCUCAAAGUCUUCUUGGGUGACCUUGAAUACGGCGAUUCCCUGUCAAGUAGCUCUCGAUCUAGAACAAUUACCCACAGAUUCCUAAGCCCUAAUCCGACGGUCGAGCUCGAUGGCGGUGAUGUUGUUCUUGAAAACAAAACGACGGCAGUGUUACUCGGAGAUAGUAGGUUUAACUCAGCAGGAGGAGCUAUACCCGAUCCCUUUCCAUCGGCCAUGACGCUGGGAAAGCGAAACAUGCACACAUCAAGUCCGCUCGAAAUUAACUUACAAGAGCUUCAUGCCUUUCAUUAUUUUCGACAGGCAGGGGAAAAGAGCUUUCUUGAAUUGGCCAACCGACCGACGAGCCACCGGCCAAGUGCUUUGUCAGCCAUCCAAGCUUACUGUCGCCUUCAUAAUAAACUUGUAAUUCGGGCUCGCUUGAGGUUCGAAGAUCCAUCCAAUCCAAUCCAUCUGCAAUCCCAUCAGUUCCGGAGCAGAAAACCCCAUCCCGAGAUCUUCUCCCCCGGUAAAGUAGUCGUCUUUCGAUUGUGGAUUCCGAGUGAAAAGAAGCCAACGUCGAAGGCCGAGUUGCUGAAAUGUGAGAUGGAGAUGUUGAGAUCUGGAAUUCAAGCCUUCGCCCGAAGAGGUGAUAUUUUUUGGAAUGCCGCAUUGGGUAGCUCUGACAACACCGGGAGAUUCAUUUACGAUGGCCAGGAUCUCCAGGAACUACAAGUCUUGUGGGAUUCAGUUGGACAUCUUCCAGACUGGCUCAACAUGUUUCUUUUCCCUCCGUCAUUUUAUCAUCAUACAAUCAAAUCUUCAAACUUGAAUCCGAUCUUUUAUCUUGACUUGACCGACUUCAAAGAGCAACUGAUAAACAGCUUAAGCUUGGUUGAUCAUCACCAACCUCACGAGACCGCGGAGGACCAAAGCCAGCAGGGAAUGCUUAAUUAUCUUGGCUUGGUCGAAAUCCGAGCUGGAACGAAAACAGGCGUGUUAGAAGGAAUUGAAUGCUUUUCAGAUACUCAUCACGAGUACAUCCUUCCAGAAUGUAUACAUCCGGAUUGGGUUGGCAAACUGAUGGUUGAGAUCCAAGUGAGUUCGCUAGAGAAACUGGAUCAACUGCUCUCCAAAUUCAACAAAGCCAAACCGGAAGAUUUCUUCAGCCUUGGCUUUGAUCUCGCCUCCUCGCCCGAAGAAACUCGACAUCGCACAGUCUCUCGACUGAAAUCCGCUCAACUCUCUCCAUGGAGAAUCAUCCGUCAAAAAAGUUCUCCAGGUAUGGUUUGGAUUCGUUUACCCAUUCGCGCUUGAAUUAAUUUUUUGUUACAAAUAAAUCAUCAGCUAUCCAUAUUCACUCAUAAGAUCCAGGGUGCACAUGUUA